ACUCUUAAUGCCAAUUGUGUUCCUAUUUUCAGGGUGUUAUUGCUCAUCUGUGGCUGUCAGCCAAGCAGCGCACCUGGAAGGCAGGCACUGCAAGAUACAUCCCUAACUCGGUGUGGAACUGGAUGGUCAGUGCAUCAGCUGACGUGACCCUUGACCCCAUGACCAACCACUCAUGGCUUCAGCUCUCCGACGACCACCGAAAGGUCCAGGAGGGCAUAUCCGAGUCCAACCUGCCCUUUAGUCCCCAGCGCUUUGAUGCCUGGCCUGGCGUGUUGGGCUGGGAGGGAUACGCCUCUGGACGCCACUACUGGGAGGUCGAAAUAGCCAACAACGGCUACUGGCGGGUGGGCCUGACCACGGCGGGCGCCAAACGCCACGGCCGCUUCCCCAUGAGCCCCCAGAUGGGCUAUUGGACCCUGUGGCGCAGCACCCACCAAUUCUAUGCCUGCACCAAGCCUGAGACGCCCCUGCCCCUGGGUCUGAUGGCCCGCUGGAUGGGGAUCUAUCUAGACUAUGAGGAAGGACAGAUUUCCUUCUACAACGCGGAGACCAAGUCACACAUCUAUACAUUUACAGACACCUUCAAGGAGAAGCUGUACCCGGUGUUUUCCCCACUGGACGGGCGCACACUCAUCACCGUCAUCUCGCCGCACAAGGUCUCUACGUUUUGAAGACAUCAGGUUCCUUUGGUUUGUAGGUUCUCCCCAAACAUCAGCUCUGUUAGCUUAGUUUCCUUUGACUUUCAAUCACUGUCUGAUUUGGACAUGGAAAACCGUGUGUGUGUGUGUGUGUGUGUGUGUGUGUGUGUGUGUAAUGAGCAGCUUGCUCCAGUGACAUUCUGUCCGAACUGCACCGUCUGCAGAAACUUACUUCAACAACUUUCUCCCUCUGGUUUUCUCCUAAAUUAUUACUUUCCCUCCUCUCUCUCUCGCUCUCUCUCACUCACUCUCUCUCUGUCAGCAUCAAACUAACUGCCCGGCCAAUCAAUAACAUGAAUUAAUCAAGGAAGUGCCAAGAAGAAGAGAAAACAAUAGGAGAAGCAGUUGACACUGACCAUCACAGACUUGGGUUGCGGCAUGGGCCCCGUUCCCACAUCAAUCCCUAGCCUUGGCCUAGACAAUUCUGGACAGCCCCUUAUAGAUCUGAAAUAACUGAAUGGAUAGAAUCAAAAAGGAAGGAACUUCACACUCUAAUAAAAAGUCUGUUAACACGCACAUUUGACAAGUUAGAUUUAAACAUCAAAUGUUUGAACAGCCCCACAUUUUUAUAACCUUUUUGUAAAAUACUGUAUGUAUAUAAAUUGCAUUAUGACACUAAAACAGCUAGCUAAAUGGAAGAUUGAAAAUGUACAAUGAGGAGAACUAGUUAUUUUAAAUCCAGUGGUGUGAAGUACUUAAGUAAAUAUACUUUAAAGUACUACUUAAGUUGUUUUUUGGGGUAUCUGUACUUUACUUUGCUAUUUAUUUUUUUGACAUUUACUUUUACUUCACUACGUUCAUAAAUAAAAUACUAUACUUUUUACUCCAGACAUUUCCCUGACACCCAAAAGUACUUGUUACAUUUUGACAGGAAAAUGGUCCAAUUCGCACACUUAUCAAAAGAACAUCCCUGGUCAUCCCUACUGCCUCUGAUCUGGUGGACUCACUAAACACAAAUGCUUCAUUUGUAAAUGCAUGUCUGAGUUUUGGAGUGUGCCCCCGGGCUAUCCGUAAAUAAAAAAUCUAAUAAAAAUACAUUUUAAACCAAAUAAUUUCAGACUUAAA